CAGUUUUUAUUGAAAAUGCUUUUUGCUGAUCUCAACAAUGAAACUUCACUCACUCCUGUUCCUCUGCCAAGGAAGAAAAAGAAUAAGAAACAACCUUCACCAUUACCGGAAAGGAUUGUUGAUGAUAUAAGACUGGAAAAGUCACUCGAUGUAUUUUCAUCUGACACUGCUUCUGGAAGCAUCGAAAGGAAUGAAGACUUUGAUAAUAAUAUCGAACUUGGACAGAAUUGGACGAACCAAGCUACCAAAUCGAAAAAAGAAGAAGAAAGAGAACUUCUGCAGCAUAACACCAAUACGUUGAUCUCUUCAUCUUAUAACGAGAAUAUUAUUGAUUCAAUUAUUGGCCUUAUAAAUGAACCUGGAAGGAAUAGCACCACAAUUUCUCAAGAGAAUUCUAAAGAUUCCAAGAUACAUGAAACAUCUGCUACGUUUCCUGAUAAAGAAGGCAAUGAUGAUUGGUUGAAUAGUCUUCUGUUAGUCGAUGAAAAUACUCCCAACAUCAAUAAUGUAAGUGGAUCAUUCAUUAUUGCUGAUAGAGUUUCUACCAGCCAAACUCAUACAGAUAAAGUCAGCAAUAAUUUUUCCAAUAGUGACACCACCACUGGUGUGUGGGGUUAUGGGGGUGCGAUGAAUUUCGUGAAUCAAAUUGACGACACGUUUAAACUUAUCGAAUCAGCUUGUGAUGACAACUUGUCUCAUCAUAAUACUCUCGAGACGAUUUGGUCUGCAAAUUUCAGUAGUAAACACAGAAACUGCGGUGGAGCACAUGAGAAGGAUAUAGCUGAGAAUAAUCUUGGUGAUUUUGAUUCGAACACUUUGAUGUGUCUAGCAAAUAAUGAUCCAACCGUUGCGAGUGAUGCGGAAGGAACAGAAGUGGAUUCAUCUUCAAACGAUUAUUUUUUAUCAAAUUCAAAUGCUGGACAUACAAUUGAAGAUAUAAAGGAUUCUACAACUGAUUCAGUCGCUUCAAUGAUUGGUGAUCAACCGACAAGUUACAACGCGAAUGAAGCAGACUACAUUCCAAACGUUAACUUUCCAUUUCUGCCACCUGGUUCGCCUUGCCCACACGACUUGAAUUUUGACGAUUUCGAUCCAGUUUUUCCAGAAGAUAGUGAUAAUCUCAAAUCGGAAUUAGUUGAAGGUGUAUAUUCCGAAAAAAUACUCAAAAUCGAUAAUUCUGUGCCAAAAACAAAGGAUAAUGAAGAGAUAAUCGAUAUAAGAUGGUCAAAAAGAGACAAUAAUAAAAUGGGAGAAGAAAAGCUCAACAUAUCGCCAAAUCAUCCACAAAUAAAUUUAAAUGUGGAAGAAUCGUUAAUCAACAAUCUCGAUCGUGAAUCUAGGAACAAGAAUAAUGGAAAUGAUGAUAUUGACAUUGUUGAUGGAAACUGCAGAUCUCUCUUGAAUACAGUAGUUGAAUCCUGUUACAAAAUCGAAGAUAAAUGGCAAGAAUCAGAGAUUUUUAAAUCAAAGGACUUGGUGUUUACUUGUGAGAAUAUUAAUACUGAGCAUAUGGGAGAAAAAUGUGAGGUCCUUGGUGAUGGAAAUUGUGAUGGAAGUUUAAAAGAAAUCAAGUUGAAUAGUAGCCCGAAAAUAGUUCAACUUCAUAGAAAAUCCAGUGCUGGAAAUGAUGCUCUAUCGGGAGUAACAUUGGGAGGUGAUCAUUUUUUCAGGAAGGAAGACUUUUUUACCGGAACAUUGUUAGUCAACGAUAAUAAUUUCAUUAGAGUAAAAUCGGAGUCGGCACCAGAUAGUGGAGUGUAUCUUUCCGAUAAUUCAAAAAAAUCGCCUGAAAGACUAAACUUCCAGAAUCAAGAGAACACAAGUUUUGAAACACCUUUCGCUUCAAGUCCAUUUCAUGAAGCACUAGAUAAUUUCGAAGCAGAAACUGUUAAUUUUUUUCGAAACAAAGUAUUCAGUCAAUCUAAUCACUUAACAAAAAGUGAACAAUCGAUGAUUGGAUUUGAUCUCUCACACUAUCUUCAAGCCUUUCUGGAAGAUCAGACGUCUCAUGGUGAUCGAGAAGAGGAUGAAAAAGAAAUACAACGAGAAAAGGGUGGAGAAAACCACAUCAAACAUGAUAAGAGACUGGUAAAUUCUUAUUUUGUUGAUGAUAAUCAGCGAAAACUUGAGGAUGAACAUAUUGAAGGAAAUUCGGAGAAAAUUACCACUCAUAAUGAAACUUUGAAGGAUUUGGUACGAAUUAAUGAAGACCACCAAUCUAUGAUUGGUUGGAAAAAGGUAACUACUUGUGAUCAGAUUAAGGAGCUAAAGCCAGAUUCCUAUAGUGAUUCAUUGGUGGUAAAUCCAGAAAAAGAUUCAGAAUCAAGUUUUGAACAUACUCAAGGUGAAGAUAGACGGGCGUUGGAUAUUAAUGGUGUUGGAAUCUCAAUUAUUAGCAGAACACCUAUUGAAUCACCUAUUGAAUAUGUAGACAAUAAUGCAGACUCGACAGUUGUUGGAAGACAGUCUAAAAAAGAUUGUAUACUAACAGGAAAAACGUCAUUCGACACUUGCCAAUCUAGCGUAAUGAACUUGGAAGAUAUAAUAUUGGAUAGCGCAUCGAACAAAGUCAAGAGUCUGAUUAAUUUUUUCGAAAGCAUUGUCAAAAGUACUGAAAUCACUUACGGCGUCAAUAGGAACACAAUUAUCAUCGAGCUGGAGAAAAAUGAGAGAAAUAAUUCAAACAUUGCCAAAAGUAGUUGUGAUUAUACAAUCAGCAGUUAUGAGCAACAAAGAAAUAAGGUACAUGAAUUGAGUGAUAUUGAUACGAGUACAUUAUUGUUGCACGAUAACAGAGCAGUGACAUUGACUCAACAGAUUCAUAAUGAAAUAAUGAGGAAUAGGGGUGGAAGAAAGCAAAAAAAAUCAAAUUUCGAGGUCCAGGAGAAAUGUAACAGACAAACACAAAAUAUUGACCUAUCAGUACAUUACAGUAGUGCCAAAAUUGGUAAGCCAGUACAAAAUACAAAUACAAUCAAUCAAAACGAAGAUGAUAAUGUGAAUGUUUCUCAACAAAAUACAAUUCAGAGUGAUAAGCAAGUAAAGCAAACUGACGGUAACCAGGAUUAUAAUACAUAUUAUUGUUCUGGAGAGGAUACAAUCCAGAGUCACAAUGAAAAAGAAAACAUGGAGGAUUGCAGAAGUUUAAAAAAUGAUUCAGUCUUGGAGAAUCGUAAUGAAAUCAAUGAAGACAGUAUCAACUACUCACACUGUAUUACUGCCAAUAUUGUUUACCAAGGAGAUGAAAUUCUUGGUAAAGCUGGAGAUGGUAGUAGCUUUAGUGAUAAGAGUGUUGAAGAAAAUAAUUAUUCAACACUUGAUGGUGCACAAGGAUGUAAUAUGGAAACUGAUAGAUCUCAAUGUAAUGAAACAAGAGAAGACUCUGAAGAACAAAUGGGGUUUGCUGAUGGAAGCGAAAUGGGUUUGAUUGAUAAGAAUGGGACAUGCUUUAGGAAUAAUAUCGAAGACAUGGAAGAGAACUUUUUAGAUCAAGUGAAGCACACUAUUAAAACAUAUAAUAUAAAUUCCUGUAGUAUUAAACUUGAAUCAGAAAGUUAUCAAGUAAAUAUGAAAAACGAUGAAAUAACAAUGAAUGAUAUUGUAGAAAGUAUCAAUAAUAUUGAUACAAAUAUGUAUCGUACUCCUGAAAAUAGUAAUUAUACUAGUAAAAAGGUAGUUGAAGAUGUUCUAAGGAAUUCAUCAAUUACAUCAAACUCAAUCAAUUUCACGUUUUCAAACUCCACUCCAUAUCCUCAAUUAUUGGAGAAAAACUUUCAGGAUUCAGCUACAUUUUCAAACGAUCUAUUUUUUGAAAGAAUUGACAAUUUCUUCCAGGAUACAGAAAAUUCUGAAAUUGUGCAGACCGACAGUGGAGACUGCACUCGAGAUCCGUCUGGAAUGGCUUGUGUCGGUGAAAAAUCGACCAAUGUUUCAGAAUCAUCAGUACUAAUCGAUGAUGAUGUUGAUGAAUUGGAAGAUGAUUUGGAUGAUGCUGCAGAAGAAUCAGACGAAUGCUGUAAACAAAUUGAGGAACAUCUAACUGAACUUGAUCAAGAUCAGGAUUUAGAUUUGAUUUUUCAGGGGGAAUUGAAGGUUGGAUUCAAUUCUGAAAGGGAACACAAUAUUCUAUCGCCAGAGUUGGACAGGAUUAAUGAGGAAUCAGAAUCAAUCGUUCAAGAGGAAAAAGAAAAAUCAAGGCUGAUUGAAGUGACCCUAGAAAAGAUGUGGGGAACUAUUGGGAUCAAUAUUGAGGUUGUGCAAAGUCAAGAGGAAGAGGAAGAGGGAGAGAGAAGUGACGUCAUCAUAAAAGAGCUUAUGCCAGGAGGAGCAGCUGAAACCAAUGGUAUCAUAAGAAAAGGUGACAGACUGGUGUCAGUGAAUGGCCAAGUGGUAGUGAACGGCGACAGCGCCAGACAGCUGCUGGAUGCAGCUGGUGAACAUGUACAGCUGCAGCUGUUGCGGCAUGGGCUGCACUACAAGUCGCUGCCUGGCUGUCGGCUGAGCAGUCACAAGAAGCAGAGACCAACUGUAGCUGCGUUCAGUCCGGAGGACCAAAUGGGCUCCAACCUGAGUCGCAGCAAAGGUCUGACCGGCCGCAGGAGCCAGUCCAGUGGCAAUCUGUGCAAUGGCAAGUCUCUGCCGCCGGUGGUUGGCCGCUUCUUCUCGCCUUGUGGCCGCGAAAGUGUCCGGCCUCACGACCGCUACAAGUUGUGUGGCUCAUUGCCAAACCAUCUGGAUGCCCAGGAUGUGUAUGUGCAGAAUGAGCCAAUCACUGAUGAUCGGCUGGUUGUGGCUUGUGCUCCAGACAACAACAAUGAACCGCUGAAAACGGUCGCCGGUGAUUUGCAAAUGCGUUUGGGUGCUGUGCCUGAUUUGGAUCAAGGCUAUGGAUCUGGAAAGUCACCUGACCGAUCUAGGCUGCCGUUACUUACACCUGAGAACACAUUCACAGUGUGCCUGGUGAAGGGCAGCCAAGGUCUGGGGUUGAGCGUGGCUGGUGGCCGUGAAGAGGGGGGCGGGCCCAGCAGGUGUGAGGGUGGGUGGCCCCCCGGCCUUGUUCGCAUCAAGCGUCUCUUCCCCAACCAGCCGGCCUGGCAGUGCGGUCGACUCCGGCAGGGCGACAUCCUGCUCUCCGUCAACAAAGUGCCUCUCACCGGACUCACCAACUAUGAAGCUCUAGAAAUCCUGCGCACGACUCCCAGUGACGUAGAGCUGACCGUCUGUCGGCCGCCGUCCGAGGCCCUGCAACAGCUGGUGGGGGGGCACCUGGGGGGUGGGGACCCCCUCCACCCUCCUUCUGCCCCUUGCCACCCCCACGGCGUGAUCCUAGUCAUCUCAGUCUCACGCUCAAACAGCCACCGCACUCUCACGCUGAGGAUUCUUCGUUUGGAAUUCGACGUGGUGAUGACGAAGGUGAACGGCAGUCUGGGCUUCACCCUUCGCAAGGAGGACGAGAGUGUGUUGGGUCACUAUGUGCGCGCGCUGGUGCGGGAGCCAGCCCUGUCCGAUGGCCGCAUCCGGCCCGGCGACAAGAUUGUUGCUGUCAACGAAGUGGACAUGUCGCAGAUGACGCACGAGGAGGCGGUACUGUUUCUGCGUCAGUGCGGCGAGGAGGUGCGACUGCGACUGUACCGCGACCGCGUGCAGACGCCCGUCUCGGCGCUCUCCCCUGUCCCACGCGCCACCAAUAAACCCAUCCUCAGAACAGGUCCCAGAACUGGGUUUAUUGUUGAUUUGAUGCGUGGCGUUGCGUUGCAGGAAUUCGACGUGGUGAUGACGAAGGUGAACGGCAGUCUGGGCUUCACCCUUCGCAAGGAGGACGAGAGUGUGUUGGGUCACUAUGUGCGCGCGCUGGUGCGGGAGCCAGCCCUGUCCGAUGGCCGCAUCCGGCCCGGCGACAAGAUUGUUGCUGUCAACGAAGUGGACAUGUCGCAGAUGACGCACGAGGAGGCGGUACUGUUUCUGCGUCAGUGCGGCGAGGAGGUGCGACUGCGACUGUACCGCGACCGCGUGCAGACGCCCGUCUCGGCGCUCUCCCCUGUCCCACGCGCCACCAAUAAACCCAUCCUCAGGAAAGAGGCGCAGGACAUGCUGAGCGACCUGGCUGUGAAGAAGUGGCAGUCUCAGUCGCCAGGGGACUCCAUCAGUUCGGGAGAGGCCACACUGGGACGCACCGCCUCGCCCCGAAAACGCAGACUCAUCAAAACGCCCUCGCCCGACUCGUGUCUAGCCAAUGGAUUAAUAAAAGGAGAUAGAUUGUCAUUGGUUGGUGAGAAAUUACAACGUCCAGAUACCCUCAAUUUGACCGGAUCAAUAAAUCUGCACUUUCAAAAACCAGGUGUACUGGACAACCCGUGUGACCUAGUGCAGGCGGAACCACUUAGUAUGCCGCCCCUGUCUGAGCCAGUGAGCAUGCCGCCCAUGCUGGACUCCGCCCCGGGGGAGGCCUUCUCCUACCGCAACCCGGCCUAUCGGUCCGCCAAUCCUGUCUCCAGCUCCAAGCCGUCCACGAAGAGUCAGAUGUCUGAGGACAUGGGAGGAAGUAGGUUCUCCGAACAGGACUUGGCCGACUGCAAGGGUGGUGGGGGUGGUGACCAGGGUGGGGGCGGGGGAGGCAGCAAAGGCCUGCUCAAGUGGAAGGGAGUGGUGUUUUCGCCGGAGGAGGAGGGGAGAGGAGGGGCCGCAGCUGACGAGGGAGACAGCAGCAAAUUGCCCGACCAGUCAAUUAGUCAAAUUGUCAGUGAGACUGAUGACACAGUUUCCAGUAAUCAGGUGCUGGUGGUGGAGUUGAACCGAGGCUGGAACAGCAGACUGGGCUUCAGUCUGCAGAGUGCAGGCAGCCACCACACGGCCAUCAGCGCCAUCUAUCCGGACAGUGUCGCAUCACGAGACGGCCGGCUCCGUCCGGGAGACCAGCUCAUCAUGGUGAACGAUGAAAGCGUUGAAGGCAUGAGUACCACCGAGGUGAUAGAUCUUUUGAGAAAAAUUCGAGGCAGCAUUUGCAUCACUGUUUGGAGAAAACCAUCAUCGGCAGUCACUUCUACACAAACAUCUGACUAGAAAUGACAAUCAAUUGACUAUAAAAA